ACUUCCUUCUUCCUAACCACAUGAAUUUCCUCCCAAAUCCCAAGACUAUGUGAAAACUACAGGGAAGUGACCACGUUCUCUGAGGCCCAGCCACCUACAUGCUUGCUUCUCUCCUGCUCAGGGAAAAAACAUGAAGAAGAAAAAACAUGAUGCCAUUGUUUGUGAACGUAAACAACUUCUGAAUCUCUCUCCCAAAGUAACAAAUUGUUGCAAAUCACUGUGGUUGAAAUACAAUUUUCAGAAGGCUUACAUGACCGGACUUGUCAGCUCGCAGCCAGUUUCAGCCAUGUCAAGGAACCCAGAUCACAACCCACCUUCUCAGCCCAAGGAGAAUAGCAUUGGCCAGAACCACCAGAAUCACCAGGAGGAAAUAAUCCACAAGUUGGCCAGGCAGCUGAGAAACAUCGGGGACAACAUCGAUCAUAGAAUGGUUCAAGAGGAUUUUCAACAAGAAGACAGAGCUAUCCUGGCUCAUUUUGUCUUAGUUUUCUUUGGAGGAGUUCACAUGUUGUUGCGCUUUCUCUGGAAUAACCAUGUGAUGUAA